AUGCAGUGCACACAACUGAUCAGUCGAAGACCAUUUGUCUUUGGAGGCAUUUCCCUCUUCCUUAUAUGGCUCUUCUUUGGUGUCGAUCACCAAGCUAUACGAGACAGGGUGCAGAAAUGGAACAUUUCAUCUGGAGCCAUGUCAGUUAAAGAGGCUGAUGUAUUCGACUUCCCUCCUGUUGACUCGCAAGCAAUGAGAGACAUGUGCUCUUCCGUCGAGUGGAACUCUAGCUUGAUCUUCACCUGCGACAACAACCAUGGUGGGAUUGGACAUAUACGGAAUUCGAUUCUCAACUGUGUCAGAUAUGCAAUUGGUGCUGGAGGAUCUCUCGUCCUUCCGAGUAUCGCUCCCCGAGGCCACGAUGAGCUAGAUGAUGCACCGCAUGUAGAGCGCCGUCAUGGGAUGCCAAGACAAGGGAUCGAAUACAUGUUCGACAAGAAUCACUUCGCGGAUUCCCUUCGGAAAUCAUGUCCUGAGCUAGUGCUGAUCAGACACAUGGAACCAGUCGAGACUCCAAGAAGACGAGGUCUAUUACCGGAAAGCCUCUUCCCAGAUAUCCCAAUAACAGGUUUGAAGCAGCCGGAAGAAUGGCCCAUCCGUUUAAAGGCUUGGAUCGAGUCAUACAUGUCCAAGGAGAACCAGAAGGAACCCAUAAUCAUCGACCUCGAGCAAUCAUUUCUUCACUACCCCAUCAAUUCCGAUGGUCACGAUGUGGCUCAUACUUUUGGCAAUAUCCUCAAAUUUCGCCCUGAUACUCGACGAUUAGCAACAAGAACCCUCAUGAAACUUUCGAAUUGGUAUGACCUACCUAUGAACCUUUCAGAACCAAUCAUCAACCCCUCGUUCUUCGGUGCUCAUCUCGAGACCGCGAGCCCUUUCACCCAAUCAAAGAGACACAGCGAUGUGAAGUACAGUCACUACGAAGCUCAGUCUACUGCUUAUCUGAAGCAAGCCUUUUCGGCCAAGACACAAAUCAUGUACAUUGCGUCUGGCGAUCUCGGCGAAGCCCACAAGAUUGGCUUAGAAGCUACCGAAUACAAUAUCGCAGUGACGCACAAAGAGGACCUGUUGAAGGAGGAAGAUGCGGACGAACUUGAAAGACUGAAUUGGGAUCAAAGAGCACUGGUAGACUACCUGGUAUUGACGAAAUCACAAGAAUUCGCCGGUGUUGGACACUCAAGCUUCAGCUGGAACAUUGCCUUGAAGAGACAUGAGGAGAUAGACCCUAUCUCAGGAACGUUGGAGGAGCAUACGGAGACAUGGAGUGAUGGGCUUAGUACGUUGUAUGGUGUGAGAAAGAGCUAUGUCCAGAGCAGUGGAUGUAUGUGGGCUUGA